AUGGUGGGAGUCCUGGCAGCCGAGUACGCUUUCACGCCCGGACGUGAGUAUGUGUACCUGUACCGAACCAGGGCAGUGACGGGGAUCCCGGGACUCAAGCCUCAAUAUGCAGGUUUGGGAAUCGAAGGUACCCUGCGUCUCCAGGUCGAAAGUCCCUCGGUUAUGCUGGCCAAGCUCAGCAACCUCCGGGUGGGCACCGUGAACGGUGAGAUGAGGAAGCCAUGGAGGGAAGAGUUCCCCAUCUCUUAUUCUCCUCUGGGUGAAGCCCAGGAGCCUAACCGGAGAGUUAACUGCAACUUGUACCGUAAGAUCGACUUGGUUCCUUCCAAGAUCCACAGCAACAUUCCGUAUUCCAGCUCCGAAUACAACCUCCUGAAUACCAUCACCGCUGGUACCCCAGUUCAUAACUUCUACACCGUCGAGGAGGACUCGAUCGGAGGAGAGUGCAAGACCUCCUACACGAUUGCUCCCCUGCCAGAAUACUUGGCCAGGUUGGAAGAACUCUCCCUGCCUGAGGAAUGGAGGAGGAUCCGAACGGAAACGGAAGAGGGCAAGGCCUGGAUCGUCACCAAGAUCCGCAACUACAAUCAAUGCAACCGAAAGCCGUUCUACACCUUCAACUCCUUUAUUGACCUCAGCCCGGAGCCAUGCAGCAUGGCUGAUGCUCAGUGCAAGAGGUUCACUUCUCGCUCCUCGGUGUCGAGGUAUUUGAUCCGCGGGGACAGGCAGCACUUUAAGAUCGAAAGGGUGUGGACUGAGGGAGAACUCCUUGUGAGGCCCUUCGCCACUAAGACCGAGAAACUCUGGGUUGUGACGAACCAAACCUUGGUAUUGGAGAAGACGUCGUCCAUCAGUUCCCGAAUCCCAACUCCUCCAUCACCUCGUCCUACUUCCCUGCUGUUCACCUUCCCUAACUCCCGAUAUGAAAUCAUGAAGGAGUUGAACGGAGAACUCACCAACCCCAACUCCAACGCUGAAUCCUACAUGCGAUCCCCUUACGAGAGGGAAUACGAGUACAGUCGAGAGCCCGUGUACAACAGGAGGUUCGAGAGGAACGUCGAGAAGAAGGCCUACUACGGAUCCAAGUACGGAUCAAACGAGGACCGCGAGUACGAAUCUAAGGAAACUUACGGAUCCAAGUAUAGACCCAAUUAUGAAUCCAAUUCUGAAUCCAAGUAUGGAUCCAAGUAUGGUUCCAAGAGGCCCUACCCCAAGUCAUACGAAGGAGAAUACGAAAGCGAAUACCCCUACCGAAAGGAGAACAGUUACAGGGAAGAUACCUCGUCUGAGGACUAUCCGGAGAGAUACAGGAAGGAAUACCGGGAAAAGUACGGCCGCGAAUACGCUGAGGAAUACUCCCGAGAGUACGAGUCCCUUGGCCGAUACAACUACACCGAGGAGGAAUACAUCGAUGAACCCCACUGGUACAACCCUCACAGCUACAUCUUCUACAACUACUCCAGCAGCUCAUCCGCCGAACCCGAGAUCGAAAAGAUCAAGUCUCAGAUCAAGCACCUCUUGAUCGAAGUCGAGACCGAAAUCGAGACCUUCCAGGAUCUUGCUGCCAAGGAUACGUCUCUGAAGAUCCUCCAGGUCUCCAGGGCUCUUAGCCUCUUGCCCUACAGGGAAGUUAAGGAACUGUACGAAGAACUCAUCAGCUCCGCUCCUAUUGUCAGCCCCUAUUCCAAGAAGACCAUCAAGACCCUGUUUUUGGAUGCCGUUGCCAUGAGUGGUACUAGCCCAGCUGUGAAACUGAUCAAGGAAUUGAUCCUGAGGAGAGAAGUGACUGGCGAAAUGGCUGCCCAGCUCAUCAUGGUCUUCCCCGCCACCAUCAAGGUCCCUACUGUCAGCAUCCUCAAGGAACUCAUCAGUCUGGCCAAGAGCCCCGUGAUCAAGCCCCAUUCUCAGCCUCACGAGAACAGACAGGUAUACGUGACUGCCCUUUUGGCUGUGAGCAAUCUGAUCAACAAGGCCUGCGUGAACCCCAAGACCCGAAUCUUCAACUACCCCAUCACUCGCAAGGGUCUUCCCAUCUCUUCUGCCCGAUUCUGCUCUCCUGACAGCCCACUCAUCACCGAGGUUUGGCUCCCAUUCCUCGAACAAGAGCUCCGCAACGCUGCCGAACCGAAGAUGCAGAUCCCUGUCCUUAAGGCCUUGGGCAACACCGGUCACCCAUUCGUUCUCAGGAUCCUGAAGCCUUACAUCUAUGGCUCUGUCACUCCCGAUGUGGUUGUCAGGAGCAAGUCCAUCUAUGCUGCCAUGAUGCUCGCCAAGAAGUACCCCAGCCUUGUCUUCUCCCUGAUGAAGCCCAUCUUCCACAACCCGAGCGAACAUUACGCCGUGAGGAUUCCCGCUUUCUACACCCUGAUGAAGUGCCACCCACCAGCAGCUUUCUUCACUGCCGUCGCCACCGGUACCUGGUUUGAACCCUCUCAGCAAGUCGGUUCCUUCGUCUACUCCACUCUCGCCAGCCUGGCCAACUCUUCUUACCCCAUCCAUGGCAAUAUCUCUCGCUUCGCCGAGAUGGCUGUCGUUCUGGCCAAGCCCUACGAUCUUGGAAUCCAGUAUUCCCACAACAUCUACAACACCUGGUUCUUGAGGGAAUGGGAGAUGGGAACCUUCCUGGAGACUGCCUGGGUUGGAUCCAACAAGUCUCUCUUCCCAAGGGACUUCUACGUCAAGGUCAACAAGCAUAUGGGAGGAUUCGAGACCAUGCCCUUCGAAUUUGACAUUCACUCUGAAGGCAUUCAGAAGGUCUUCAACAAGGUUUUCGGACCCAUGGGACGAUACUACGAGAGUGAAUCCAUGUUCGAUAUGUUCUCCAGAAUCAAGAGAAGCAUCAGCAGUGAGUUCAGCAUUAAUGAGCUCAGAAACCUGUUGCCCCUGGAAACAAGGAAGGAUGAUCCAUUCCUGACCACCAUUCGAAUCAAGCUCAUGAACACCAUGGAGAGGAUCUUCACCUUCGACAGGAACACCAUCACCCAUCUCAUGGAGGAAGGUACGAUCCGACUGAACUCUCCGGGCGAGUACGGCAUCAACUACCAGAAGGUCAUCCCUCUCGAUCAGUCCACUGUCGUCCUCCCCAGUGCGAUGGGUCUUCCCAUCAUGUUCACUCUUAGGACCCCAGUCCUUAUCUCUCUGAGAGGUACCGUGAAGCUCGAAAUCUCUCCUUCCAUCUUCCGUGCUGAACGAUCGGGUGCCCCGACUCACGUCCGCGUUUACGCCGAUGUUAAGCCAAUGAUAAGCUACAACAAUUUGGUCGAGACUGUGAUUGUUUGCCCUAUGACGACCAAGGCCCUCAUCAGUGGUGUGAAUACCCACGUUCUGGUGUCUCUCCCCGUCAAGGCGAACGCCGUCUACGACAUCCCCGAGGGCAAGUUCAAGAUCGAGCUCGAGAGGCCAACUCAUGGACCACUCCCAUCUGAGAUCGACAUCUUCCACAUCCACAGCAAGCCAUUCACUGCCGUCAAGCCACUGCUUAACUUCACGCCCGUCACCCUCUACUCUGGUACUAAGAUGAUCCACACUCAACAUGCUCCUAAAGUUAUGGAGACUAGGUUCGGACAGAAGUCUCUUGGUCUUCCACUCCGAUUCGUGCAGAAGAUCGAUCGCCCAUUCAUUGGUAUCCCGGGCAUCUACAACGUCAUCCACAACUUCAACUGGCUCACCCUGAUUGAAUACGUGCUCAUGCCCACUACUCUGAAGCAGUAUGAAUACAAACUCCUUUUCGAGAGGAACGUCGCCGAGACCAGCAAGAUCGUUGCUCACCUCAGCUACGACACCAACGACAAGGCAUACAAGACCUUCAGCCACGAGCCCGAGAUGGAAUUCGAGAGGAUCAAGUACAAAUACCCAUCCAAGUACUACAACAAGUACUCCGAAGACAUUCAAGAGUACUUCAACAACCCAUGGUCCAAACUGGCUGAAUGCCAGGAUCCAGAAUCUCCUUGCUACACUUCCUACGACUCCAUCAGGAGCCUGAGAUCCAGGGAAUACUACACUCCUCUGAAAUACGAAGACAUGGACGUUGAGAGAAUUCGACAUGAUGAAACUGAAUGCAAACCCUAUCCACCUUUCCAAGUAGUCGAGGCGCUCUUCAACUCGCAACUGAUGGAGAGAGAACCCCUCCCAGGAUACGAAUCCACUCCUUACAAGAUCUGCAUCAAUUCCAAGUUCCAAUAUCCCAACCUCCCACCAAGCACCGAGAGACAGGCCCUGCUCCAAUCCGAAAUGACCACUCUUGGUAACCUCCACUUCCGAUUCGGCGAGGAAUGCCAACAUGCCAUCAACACCAGGAUCGUGAUGACGAGGACCGAGAGGCAGAGAAUCCGUGCCGAAGAAAGCUAUGAGAGCCAUCGCUGCAGGGAAGACGAGAGCCGAGGAAUCAAGUACACGGGGCACACCAACAAGGUGAAGGUCGUCUUCAAGGUCUUCCCUCCCGCAUCUUCUCACCCAUACCCCGUCUUGGACAUCUUCCUUCUCAAACCCCGCGAGAACACCUACUUCAAGACCAUCAAGGUCUCCCCUGCUGCUAAUAUUGUAUUCCCUCUGAGUGCCAAGCAGGAACUGGUCAAGAAGACCCUCAACCGAAUCUUCGGCCUGACCUAUAUUCCCGAGUGCAAGCUGGAAAGCGAGUUCGUGAGGACUUUCGAUAACGUGACCUACAAGUACCCUCUGGGUGAGUGCUGGCAUCUCCUUGCUAAGGAUUGCUCCAAGGAGGCUCCAGUCGCUGUCCUGGCUAAGGAAUCUUCCUCCUCCGGCAAGGUGAUUAAGGUUCUGGUAGGACCCCACAAGGUGCUCAUCAGGCCAGUGUCUCGCGUCUCCGCUGUCUCUGGUUCCGUGCCAGAAAUCCAAGUCCUUCUUGACGGACAACCGAUCCAUCUCUCCCCCACGGAGAAGAAGGUCAUCAAGAGUCCCGAGACUCCUUACAAGAAGAUCCUGGAAUUCAUCAAGUACAAGAACCACGAAAUCGAAGUCGAAUCUCCUCUCUAUGGAGUCAAGGUCGUGACUGACGGCGAGAGGAUCAAGGUCGAGGUGUCUAACAUCUACCGAGGCCGAAUGUGUGGUCUUUGCGGUGACUUCAACGGAGAGAAGGUUGCCGAAUUCAAGACGCCUAGGGACUGCGUGAUGGUUCACCCAAUGGCCUUCGCUCAGACCUAUGCCAUCAAGGAAGGUGGAUGCAGUGUCCAUUCCCACGUGAAGCACAUCAUUCCGGAAGAGCACAAGUGCCUGAGUGCAAACACCUAUCACCCCAUGGGAAGCUAUCACGAGGUGGAACGCCAGGAAUAUUCUGAAUCCUCUUCCUCUUGCACCCGAUACAUGACCAAGGUCGUGCCCCGAGGAGAGGAGACUUGCUUCUCCGUCAAGCCCGUGCCCGAGUGCUCUCUCUCGUGCAGGCCCUCUAACAUCAUCACCAAGGAGGUAGGUCCAUUAACUCGACUCCGCGAUGGUCUCCUUGCUGGAUGUGAAAUAUGA